AUGUUAUUCAAAGUGUUAAUUGUGUUUGUCAACGCGUGCGCAGUUUUCGCCUUACCAAGAUUACAGUAUAAUACUGAGCCACCGUUUAAAUUCUACUCUCGCUCGGAUUGGCAAGCACUUCCGUCGAUUGGCACAACUCUGCUUCAAACUCCAGUACCUUACAUCGUGAUCCAUCAUACAUACAUCCCUUCCGCUUGUGAUAAUCACGAAAAAUGCAGCGCCGCUAUGCAAUCCAUGCAAAAUUACCACAUGAGGGAUUUAAAAGUGGGCUUUUGUAUAGGUAGCAGUGGAGAUGUUUACGAAGGAAGAGGAUGGGAGACAAAGGGAAUACACGCGGGACCAGCCAAUAGUGUCAGCGUAGGAAUUUGUCUUAUCGGUGAUUGGAGAGUUCAACAACCACCUCAAGAGAUGUUGGAAUCAGCCAAAGCACUCAUCCAGCUGGGAGUAACUAAAGGCUAUAUAAAACCAGAUUACAAACUUGUAGGACACAACCAAGUAAUGGCCACCGAAUGUCCUGGAAAGGCACUAUCUAAUAUUAUAUCGAAUUGGGAGCAUUUUUCUGAAUCUUUCAAUGAAUUAUCCGACAACGAAGUUAUAACCCUCGACUUUCCAUUCGUGAGACGCGAAGAGUGGCACGCCAGGCCGCCCAAAAAGACCCUGCCACUGCUCGUUCCAGUACCAUACGUCGUUAUACAUCACUCGUACUCACCACGUGCGUGCAUGGACAGCUACCGUUGUGAAGAAGCUAUGCGCUCCAUGCAAGAUUUCCAUAUGGACACGCGAGGCUGGUGGGAUAUUGGAUAUAAUUUUGGUGUGGGUGGUGACGGCUCCGCAUAUGAAGGUCGCGGCUGGACGACCCUCGGAGCCCAUUCCCUUCGCUUCAACAAUGUUAGCUUAGGCAUUUGCCUAAUUGGAGAUUGGUCGAAUGAAUUACCACCCCCACAACAGCUAAAAACAGCAAAAGCCCUAAUAUCUGCUGGUGUCCAACUAGGCUACAUCAAAAGCAAUUAUAAACUCGUCGGGCAUCGCCAAGUUAGAGACACAGAAUGCCCCGGAGACGCGCUCUUCGAAGAAAUCAAGAGUUGGCAGAAUUACUCCCCAUUUCCAGCUAAAGUAACAGACUUACUAGACGUGGAAGAAAUACCGGAGUCCAUCAGAAAAGACUGGAAAGAUCGUGGUGUUUUAAAUGCGAGUGUACCUUUAUAG